AUGAAUAGACUGAACAGCGAAUUAGAGCUAAUUUCUGAUUCAGAUACGUUCAAUGAUGACGUGGUUGACACGGCGUCGGCACAACAUCAUACCAGAUCUUCAAGUCAAUCGAGAGGAAGCAGGAGAAGCUCAUCAUCGUUCAGAAGUUCUAAAAGUUCCACAAGAAGAUCCAGUUACAGUCGUGAAUCCGAAGCAAUAGGCAAACAGCAGAGUGUUGAGAAGAAGAAAAACCUGAAAAAUCUCGGAAGAUUUGCUGCAAUUCAGAAAACUAAGAAGUUAAAGAAAAUUCGGAAAUGA